CCCACUGUUGUUACACUCAAACCUGUCCCCGAUAUGGGAGGAAUAGUUGACAGCGCACUUCGGAGCCUUUACGCAACACAGCUACAAUGUAAUGGACUUUUAAUUUCAAAACUCAUUUAAAAGAGUUGACAAGCCGGUGCAGCAACAACAUAUUACAUUAAACUAACCAUUGAUGGUGUCCUUUGAUAAACAUUGUUCUUGUCAAGCUUAACGUUACGGACAUCAACAAUCUUGCGCGAGCCUAGUAGCUGUAAAGCUAGCUAUCUAACGUUAGUCAGUUAACGUUAGCUUCUCCCCGGCUAUUUUUAGUGCAAUUAAGCAGCUAUUUUCAGACCAAGGCGUCACCCUCUUACGACCUGUAAAGUCAUUAUUGUCUCCCAUGAUCUCGUUAAGUUAGCUAAUCAUUUGUACAAAAUGUCAACGACAUCGUUGGAUAAGGAAUUGCAAGAGCGCUUGAGAGAGGCGUCUGCGAUUGGAGACAUCGACGAGGUGCGGAUUUUAGUGGAAAGCGGAGUAAAUAUCAACUCUCAAAACGAAAUAAACGGAUGGACAUGUUUGCAUUGGGCAUGCAAGAGAAACCACAAACCGGUUGUGUCUUACCUGCUGAACUCUGGCGCUGACCAAGAGAUCCUCACUGCUAAAGAUGAGCUGGCUGUCCAGCUGACCUCUAAGCCUGAAAUCAGAAGACUGUUAGGAGUUGAGGAGGAGGAAGUGCCUGAAAUCAAGGAGCCUGAGUUGCCAAUCAUCCCAAACUACCUGUCCAACCCGCCAUUCAUGUACAGUAAGAUGGACAACAAGGCUGAGCUCAUAUUGGCACAGUUGACCCAAAAUGGCAAUGGAGACCACUCAUCAGAUGACCCGCACAGUGACUCAGCUUCCCUGUCGCCCACCCACGAGCAACAGCUGCCUCAGCAACCGCAGAGCCUACUCUCUGACAUCCCGAGGGAGGGGGCCUUCAUCCCAUUGGCGCAGCAGAACGGAGUGUCGCCGAGCCCCGCCUCGUCUCUCACCGUCAACGGAGGCCUGCCUAUGGACAUCUCCAUGGAGCCCCACCUGGUCAACCAUGGGGAGUACCCACACUCGGUGGCCCAUAAUGGGGCUGUGUGCUCUCCUCCCCUGCCCUCCCCCAGCCCCAGCACCACCAGCAGUAGCAGCCAAGCCCAGGUGGCUAACGCUAACCCAUCUAUGACCCGGCAGCAGUCCCUCCCUCAGCAGCUCAACUGUGGCCAGGGUGCUGGGGGUAACAUGCCUGCCUUCCAGCCUUUCUUCUUUACCAGUACAUUCCCUGUCAAUGUGCAAGAGCUGGUCUUAAAGGUGCGCAUCCAGAACCCCAACGCGCGGGAGAACGACUUCAUCGAGGUGGAGCUGGACAGACAGGAGCUGACCUACCGCUCGCUGCUCCGGGUGUGCUGUCGCGAGCUGGACAUCAGCACCGAACACGUGGAGAAGAUCCGCAAGCUGCCCAACACCAUGCUGCGAAAGGACAAAGACGUGGCUCGGCUGCAGGACUUCCAGGAGUUAGAGGUGGUGCUGGAGAAGGCUGAGGGCCUGGCACUCCUCUCUGGGGCGGGAGGCCUCACCGACAGACCCUGCUACAACAUGAAGGCCUCCAGACUCACCUACUAGAGACCAACAGGAUUGACAGACACACAGACAGACACUACUACAACAUGAAGGCCUCCAGACUCACCUACUAGAGACUAACAGGAUGGACAGACACACAGACAGACACUACUACAACAUGAAGGUCUCCAGACUCACCUACUAGAGACCAACAGGAUUGACAGACACACAGACAGACACUACUACAACAUGAAGGCCUCCAGACUCACCUACUAGAGACUAACAGGAUUGACAGACACACAGACAGACACUACUACAACAUGAAGGCCUCCAGACUCACCUACUAGAGACCAACAGGAUGGACAGACACACAGACAGACACUACUACAACAUGAAGGCCUCCAGACUCACCUACUAGAGACCAACAGGAUUGACAGACACACAGACAGACACUACUACAACAUGAAGGCCUCCAGACUCACCUACUAGAGACCAACAGGAUUGACAGACACACAGACAGACACUACUACAACAUGAAGGCCUCCAGACUCACCUACUAGAGACCAACAGGAUGGACAGACACACAGACAGACCCUGCUACAACAUGAAUGCCUCCAGACUCACCUACUAGAAACCAACAGGACGGACAGACAGACCCUGAUGUCCAUGUGGACCCUACUAUCUCUCUAUUGACCGUAAUAGCCACUAUCGUUAUUAGUCAAUUUCAUUGCAUUAUGAUCCGGUGUCGUUCAGCCAGCGUUAUUGGGGGUUUGUUUAAAAAUCCUGUUGUGUUAGCUAGGUAACGUGGUCGCCCUGCCUGUCCUUGCCUUGCUCCCUGCCAGUCUGUCCCCAUGCAGCGCUCGCUAACCGAUUGCUCAUGCAUCAUGUCCUCAGUUACAUACUGAAGAAUUUGGGCCUCCUUCCCUCUCUGUCCCCUCUUCUCUUCCCUCUGUGUGUUGUCGGGCUACAGUGGAACAUUGGCGUUGAGGGACAGUGACAGUCUUCCUAGAUGGCUUAACUUAUGUACUGUACAUGGAUCCCUUUGUACUGGGCAUUAGUCAUACAUGUACUGGGGACUUGGCUCCUGGGAAUGAGGGGGUUGAGCAGAGUAGAGGCCAUUUGAACAGCUCUUCUGAUAUACAGCCAUGGCUCUUAUUAGUCCAACAUGGGCGGCUUAGUACAAUGUUGCGACACAGCUGACUUGCACACAGCAACAUGCGUAUUGCCGCUUGCUUAGUGGGCAUAGCAGGUGGCUGCCGACGUUCCAACUGGCAUUCACACCCAUGCUGCAGACUGCACACACACACACACACUCAGUCAUACUCCCACACUUCAGUGAUAUUUCCAGUUUUUCCUUCAGUGGUUGCCCAUGUUAUCACACUACCCUGUUUAUUUGUUCUUAGGUGGAUGUUGAUGGAGCUAUUAACCGAGAUGUUGCUUUGUGCUGCUGAGGUUUGAUCAUCUAAGAGGGAGUGGGUUUGAGUGUUGUCUCUUGCCAAUUGAGAAGUUUUUGUUAGUUUCGUAGAACUGUUUAUGUGCUUAGUAAGCAAACAGAUGCUUCAAGUGUAAUCCGUAUUGUUAAGACGGUGUGUCUGUUUCUUAAAGAACUCUCUUCGUCAGUUGGAAGAUAACGGCCUUCUAACAGAUGCUAUGGUUAACUAGCUCCACAGACACCGUCUGGAUUUCAAUCAAACACCCAAUGUGGAACAAUUCUUCAUUGCUCCUGCUCUAUGAAUUUAGUUUUAUUCUACAAUGUUUACUUGCUGAAACAAAACUCAUUUAGAUGAACAUGUAUUGGGUGCAGGGGCAAUAUUUAAAUGUUCUACAGUUUGGUUGAAUGUUUGUGUGUGAGGGGUUAUUUUCAAUUUUAACAGUUAUUGGGUCUAAUAUUCAACUGACACUUUCAGCUGUGAAUGAAUUGAAUGGUAGACCGUUCCUAUAGAGUUCAGGUAUUAUUGAUUGAAGCAGAAUCUGCUAGGUUCACUUUAGGGGAAGUAUAUUCCCAGCUCAAGUAGGGGUUCCCCUAAAAUGAGCAUUUUAAACUGUUUCUGGAUCGCUUCGCUUAAGAUACUUCCAUUUACUGUGAUUAGAUCAAAACCAAAUACAAACCUAGCCAGAAAAAUAGUAUGGUUCUCCACAAUAGAUUAUCUAUCAUAAAUGUCCUAUUUUUGAAUUGCUGUAUGAAAUGUUUUUAGUUUUUUCGGAGUGAACUGAAUGACGUGGGCAAAGGACAGUUUGAAAGGAUUGUUUCUGUUUCAUAAGUUUGACACGGCUGUUAUGUUUGAGUGCUUCCAUAACACGUUUCCCAGCAAUUCUCCCGGUUGCUUCUAUCAUACAGGGCAUUUGUCAUAAUACUCAAGUUCACACUGCUCUGUGAGAACGUUUUAAACACAUAACCUACAUUAACAUGUAAGCUAGCUAGAGAUCAAAUGUUAGCUCUUAAGGGGUCCCGAGUUUAACCUACUGACAUUUGACUUUUGUCAAGUUGUGGUGUUUGCUACUUCUUUGUUUGAGUAUAAAUGACGAUUCAUACACAAGAACGCAAACGUUAGUUUUGAAGCUGAAUGAGAGUGCAUUGAUUGAAAAGAUUACUGCUUAAAAUGCUUUAUGACAAACACAUUUGCUCAUAGAGGAAGACGCAGACCCUAACAUGUCCUAUCAGUCCUUUAUGCUGGUUAACAUUCAGUUCAAUGGUACAGUCAGUGGCCCACUACAGAAGUUUAUAAACAAUCAACAGUCAGUUACUAACAAAGGCGUUCAUUGUUUACCGUUCAGAUGUAUACCUUAAGCUCUGGCUGUCUUAGUAUGUUUAAUGGUUAUAUAUUUUUAUUCAUUUGUCAUUUCCUUUUUUAACGAGAAAUGUCUUUAGUUUGUAUCGAUGCCUACAAGUAUGGACCGUGUUUAUCAAUGGGGGUGAAAGGGAAGGUAGGUUGCAGCUAGGAUGAAACCAAGUGUAAAGCCACAGUAUCUACUGUGUUGAAUGGGUUGAGUGUAAAUGUUGAAGAAAUACAAGACUAACUUGAACAUGUCAAAUGGGCUCUCCAGAUAAUUUUUGUAUUCCUAACUUGUGCCACGAGACCGAGAGGUACCUGGUUGAAGAAGCUGAAUGAUGAUGUUUGAAAUGCCAACGGCCAUUUUGUGCCCAGUGAAGGAGCACCAGUGUUCUAGAAUGUUCCAGAAUGAAUACUAGUUCUGUGAAAUGGAUGACUAACAUUGUACUGAUUGAUUGCUCAUGUUCUAGAGGAAGAAUACAGUAACUUUACCUAUGCAUUCAGAGUCUGAUAUUUUUAUAUGUCCUGUGUACCUUUGAUAAAUUCCUUAUAGGCACUGUUUAACUUGUUUGAUUGUGAAGACCUGUACCUGUUCUUUGAUAAAGCAUGGUGGGUAACUUGA